GGUCAAUGUUUGACAUAUGUUUGUCACCGCGGAGAUAAGUCAAUAAGCGUAAAUAUCCUCCUCGAUGUCUCCUCCACGUCGCCCACAGGUUUCGGCGGUUUCUUGGCUGUUCUUCUUGUCUUUUCUGCUUCUGGCGCCUCUAGAAUCGUACGCCAUAAAAUUCUCUCUACAAGCAUAUCGAUACCCCCCCGCAAAAUGCAUAUGGAAUCCAGCACACGCCGACACGCUGGUCAUUGUCACCGCGAAUGUUGCUCCCGGGGAUAAGCAGAGGGUGGACAUAGAAAUUGUUGAUUCAAGCCCACAAAAGAAUGUUUACUUGAGCAAGAGGAACAUUAAUGCAGAGACGAGGUUGGCAAUAACGACACACGCUGAGGGAGAGGUAGGAGUAUGUUUCAAGAAUUACCUUGACCCAGAUGUACGGUCAGAGUCUGCAAAAACGUCCCGUAUAAUCGACUUGGAUGUCGACAUCGGCGCUGAUGCUGUUGACUACAAUGCCAUUGCGAACCAAGAGUCGUUGUCCGGACUUGAAACUGAAAUGCGAAAGCUAGAGGGAUUGGUGAAGGAAAUUGUAGAUGAGAUGGGAUAUCUCAAAAAGCGGGAAGAGCGGUUCACGGACACUAAUACUUCCACCAACCAACGCGUCCAGAAUUUCGCCUGGUUUACCAUUAUUUCUCUCACGGGUCUAGGAGUGUGGCAAAUCAUGCAUCUACGCGCAUUCUUCAAGCGCAAAUAUCUCAUUGAUUAAGGCACGCUUGUAUUACGACGUAUUUCAUUGUAAUGGAAAGAUGGGUUCACACACUCUCUGCC